GACAAAUAAAAGCAUAGUCUGAGUUCUGCUUGGCUCUAAGUGUCCUUAUAUGUUCUUGUCUCGACUUCAUGUCAGGAAGCCAUAGGUCUAUCGGCAGCAAGGCCAAUAGGCAUCGAAGCCGCCGAAAAUGAUCUGGUCAGAAGCCGAUAUACCCUUUGACCGACCUCGGCGACUCCAACGUCUACCCAAGGGAAAGGGGUGGGGCGCGGGGAAGAGGAGCGGACGGGGUCGAAUGGUCUUCAUCAGGAAGUCUUCGCAGUGGCGCACAUAUUGGCUCUAUGCAGGUGUAGAUUGAGGACUUCCAGUACGCUGCUGCUUUAGACAGCCUAUUUUGAAAGCCUGCCACCGACCUGAAUACAUCAUCGCACCUGCCGAUUCGCUCGAAGUCGACUCGCGACGAACUCGUCACCAUGGCGAGCAUCAAAACCGUCCGUGUCCCGCACCUUUGGGGAACCGACGCCGCCUAUGUGCAGCCACGACCAUACGACGCAUCAAAACCGACUUGUGUCCUUGUGAACAGCUUCACCAUGACCUCGGCUCUGUAUGAAGCCCAAUUCACGGAUGAGGCACUCCUUGACGCAAUGAACCUUAUUGCCAUCGAACCUCUGGGUCACGGCAAAACCCGAACCAGCUCCGAUACUUUCACCUACUGGGACACGGCGAUCAUGAAUCUCCAAGUGCUCGACGCUUUGGGGAUUAAAGGUAAGGUGUUUGCGCUGGGUACCAGUCAGGGAGGCUGGAUCGUGGUGCGCAUGGCGUUGCAUCAACCUGGCCGCAUUGCUGGCAUUAUUCCCCUUGGUACGAGCAUGGACUAUGAGAGUGAGCGCACGAGGAAGCUGGGCAACUUCGAUGCCUGGGGCACCGUUGGAGGACCGAUCCAGGAAUUCAGCUCGACGAGACCGACCCCAGAAUUUGUGAUGCCUGAGUCAUUCCGGGUGUUCCCUAUCUACGUCGGCUUCGGCAAAGGUAUUGACCAGAAGACCGCCAAGUGGUGGCACGAGGAGAUGAAACGCAAUUACAGCGGCGAUGACGGACGAAAACGUCUCAGAGAAGUCACUGUCAAUCUCCGAGAUCGAGACGGGCUUCACGGGAGGUUGAGUGAAGUCCAAUGUCCUAUUCUAUGGCUGCACGGGACAAAUGAUGCGGCGUACUCGGUCGCCAAUGCUGAAGAGGAGAUCAAGUUGUUUGUCAAUUCACCGGACGCAAGGUUGCAAGUCGUGGAAGGCGGCGAGCACUAUUUGAGCUCUAGUCAUCCUGAAGUGGUCGACAAGGCAUUGAUAGAAUUUGUGUGGAAGUAUUCCUAGGCGGCCUGUAUCCUCGAAAAGGUCGCAUGGCUGAGCAGGCUUGUAUGGCAAGAAGGUCGUUGACAACGAAAUAUGAAGUCAAUAAAAGGGGUGAUAGGUCUUCC